AUGGUCCCACACGGCACCACCUUCCUGUGUCUAGUGGUCUGCCUGGGUCAGACAAUUUGCACACAAGAAGAAUUUCCCAUUCCUACUAUAUUGACUCUAGCAAAUCCUAUGGUUUCCUGGAAUCAGUCAGUGAGGAUCCUGUGCCGGGGAGCACCCAAAGCCUUCCUCUAUCAGUUGUCCCUGAUGAAAAAAUCCACACACACAGUUAUAUUGAAGAAACUAGGAUUUCAGAAAGAGGCUGAAUUCGUUAUCGAUUGCAUGAAUGCAACACUGGCAGGAUGUUAUCAAUGUCAGUAUAAGAAGAAGAGUCGCUGGUCAGAGCAGAGUAAACUCCUGGAGCUGGUGGUGACAGGCUUGUACAACAAACCUGUCCUCUCCACAGAUCAAAGACUUGUAUUGAUACCAGGAGAGAUCAUUUCCUUCAAGUGUAGUUCUGCACACAACCUGUUCAACAGAUUUUCACUGGCCAAGGAGGGAGAAGCUUCCAUACCGUGGCACCAGCAUGAGGAAUAUCAAGGCAACUUCAAGCUUGGUCCUGUGAACUCUAACUUCUCUGGGGACUACAGGUGCUAUGGCUGGCACAGCAGCAGCCCCUAUGUGUGGUCAUCCCCCAGUGAUGCCCUGAAGCUCAUUGUCACAGUUAUGUCUCUAGACUCCAAGAAGCAAGAUUACAUGAUGAAGAAUUCAAUCUACAUGGGUAUGGCAGGGCUGGCCCUUGUGACACUCUUAGUGUUAGUAGUUGAAGAUUGGCACAGCCACAGGAUAUCACACAAGGAAGGCUGCCAGGAAUUGCCUGCAGAGAGAUGGAGCAAACAAAGUGUCAGACCUAGUGGCUGUGCAUAAAUACCAGGAGCAGCAGGUGGGUAUGAAUCUUGCAAAACAGGAUGAGCCAUUAAAAGCUUGGAUCCAUCUGUGCAGACUGUAUGGUUUGAGCAUAAAGUGUCCACCACAGGCU